UCUCUAACAUAUCCCACAAAAACCAACCAUGGCCUCCUCAACUCUCCAUUUCAUCUUCUUCUCGACCCUUCUCUUGUCGUUAACGUUCACCACCUCCACACGUGACCCAUGUGCUAUCUCCGCUCCUGACGGCUCCGACGACCUCUCAAUCAUCCCCAUUAACGCCAAAUGCUCACCUUUUGCAGCCAAGCCAAACUCCGCCUCCUCCGUCAUGGACACCGUCCUCCACAUGGCCUCCACCGACUCUCACCGCCUCACCUACCUCUCGAGCCUUGUCGCCUCAAAACCCAAACCAACCUCCGUUCCCGUCGCCUCCGCGAACCAGCUCCUCCACACCGGUAACUACGUCGUCCGAGCCAGACUCGGCACUCCUCCUCAGCUCAUGUUCAUGGUACUUGACACCAGCAACGACGCCGUUUGGCUCCCUUGCUCCGGCUGCUCCGGCUGUUCAACCGCCGCAUACUUCAAUCCAAACUCCUCCUCCACUUACUCCACCGUCUCUUGCUCCACUGCACAAUGCACCCAAUCACGUGGCCUCACGUGCCCAUCCUCCUCACCCUCACCACCGUCCAUUUGCUCCUUCAACCAAUCCUACGGCGGAGAUUCGUCAUUCUCCGCCUCGCUCGUCCAAGACACUCUGACGUUAGCCUCUGACGUCAUCCCCGGUUUUUCCUUCGGCUGCAUCAACUCCGCCUCCGGCAAUUCUCUACCUCCGCAGGGACUAAUGGGCCUUGGACGCGGGCCCAUGUCGUUAGUCUCCCAAACGACGUCGCUUUACUCAGGCGUGUUCUCCUACUGCCUCCCUAGCUUCAGGUCGUUCUACUUCUCCGGGUCGUUGAAAUUGGGCCCGACGGGUCAACCCAGAUCCAUGCGAUACACCCCGCUCCUCCGUAACCCUCGCCGUCCAUCGCUUUACUACGUCAAUCUUACCGGAGUGAGUGUUGGUUCGGUCCAAGUACCCGUUGACCUUAAGUACUUGACGUUUGACUCAAAUUCCGGCGCCGGAACCAUCAUCGAUUCCGGCACUGUCAUCACCCGUUUUAUUCAACCGGUUUACGAGGCCAUUAGAAACGAGUUUAGGAAGCAGGUGAAAGGGCCAUUCUCGACAUUGGGAGCGUUCGACACGUGUUUCGCGGCGGAUAACGAAAAUGUGGCGCCAAAGAUAACGCUGCACAUGACGUCACUCGACCUGAAGCUGCCGAUGGAGAAUACGCUUAUCCACAGCAGCGCGGGAACGCUGGCGUGUCUAUCGAUGGCAGGGAUACCGCAGAACGCGAACGCUGUCCUAAACGUGAUCGCGAAUCUCCAACAGCAGAAUUUGAGGAUCUUGUUCGACGUCCCCAAUUCCCGCCUAGGCAUUGCUCCUGAGCCUUGCAACUAAUAGAAAGCAUCAAUCUUUAGCCAUCAAUCUUUAUAUUUCUCUCCUUGUUUUGCUUUCUUUGUUCCAUGUUUAUUUGAAUUGAAGAAAUCCCCUAAAAGUUAUGGGUUCCUGAGUAA